AUGAUUCAAGAGAAUAAUUUAUUAAAGAAUCCUUAUGCUCAUACAUCUAACUAUCGAUGUUUUUCAGUUUCUUUCGCAGGUCGAGAAUCAAUGGAACAAGGCAAUAAAAGUAUCUUCCAUUCCUUAAUAUUUAGUUUUUCACUCAUUUUAUUGCCUCAAUCAGCAUUGCAUGAACUUGCAAGUCGAAAUAUUUCUUGGCCGAUGAUGUUUGAAAUUCUUAACCCAAAGAACUAUAAACGUACUAACGGCGGAGUUUUGGAAUUCAUAUCCGAAGAAGGAACAUGUAAUAUUCCAUACUGGGUAAUUUUUUAUACCAUUGAUUUAGUAAUGAGUAAUUUGGGGUUAAAUGAAGGAGAUAUAGUGACUAUAACUAAUGUUUCACUACCAAAAGCCAAUUGGGUCAAACUUAAACCAUUAAAUGAAGAUUACUGGGAUAUCUCAAACCCUAGAGCUGUAUUGGAAAAUGCAUUGAGAAAUUAUGCAACAUUAACAGUUGGUGACGUAAUUCCAAUACAUUACAUUCAAACCGUAUACUUAUUCCAAAUCAUGGAUUUGAAGCCCGCAAAGGCGUGUAGUAUAAUUGAAACUGAUAUGGAGGUAGAAUUUGAUAUGCCAGCACCUGAACCAAAAGAGGAGGAAAAGGCUAUGGAAACCGACCCGGAACCAGUAAUUGGGAAAAGAUUAGAUGGGAAAACUCCAAGAUUAAUAAAGCAAAAUGUAGAUACUGUCAAUAAAACUCCUUGGAAAAAUAAACUACCGAAUGGAAUUCGACUAAUAUGGUUAUUGGUAUUCCAUAUUGUUGUAGAGAUAUGA